UAGAAUCUAAUAUCUAUAUUGGUUGAAUUAAACCGUUAAUAAAACUUAAUGACUGAACUAUACUACACUACAUUUAUAGGCUUAUAUUUUGGAUACAUUGUCAUGUCCUAUAUUUUGAACUUUUAACUACAAUACAAAGGCAUAAAUCAUAAUCAGUGACAUAUCUAGGGUGGGGGAGGAGGGGGAGAAUUUGAGGAUCCCCUGGGCCCCACUUAUGAGUGUCCUAAUUUUGUUUUUAAAUAAAUUAAAUAUGGAAUUUUAUCUGAGGAACUGAGAGCCAAAUACUGUUGAAGGGUAGCUCUUUUUUUCCAAAACAAAAAUGAAUGGUAUUAUUUCCAGUAGAGUUUGCCCAAAAUAAAUCAUGAAGGUUGACAUCAUGGUUCACUAGAAAGCUUCCAACAGGAGAAAUUUGCAACCGAUCUGGGUUCCUCUUCUCUCCACACUUGGGAUGUCUAUUUUGUUUUGCAUGCAUACUGUUUUCUGAAGCAUCAGAAAGACAUCUAGUGCAUUGAGCAAACCUGGAGUUGGUUUCAAAAAAUGGAAGAAACCUGAGAGACUGAAAGAACAUGAAGAAGGAGUCCACCACAGACAAGUUUUUUUGAAGUGCAAGCUAGAAGAAGAAAAGCUUAAGGCAGAACCAGAUGAACUGUUGCAUAUGUUUCAUGCAAACAUUUUAAAAAAUCAGCAGUAUUGGAGAGGAUAAUCUGAAGCGUUUAGCAGUUACUAUUAAGUAGGCCUACUUAGCAAAAACAAACUCAAGCCUACAUGGUCACAAUGAAAAACUGAAUUCACUCAAUCCUGGGAACUAUCUAGCAUCUUCGAAAUUUCUAAUGGAAUUUGAUGAAGUCACAAAACACCACUUACAUAGAAUCGAAUAUGGGAAGACACAUUAUUUGUCACCAGAAUUUCAAAAUGAGUUGAUAAACUUGAUGGGCAAUCAAGUUAGGGAAUCAAUUGUUGGGAAACUCAAGCAAGUUUGUUACUUUUCUCUGAUGCGUGAUUCCACACCCGUUUUUUUUUUUUUUUACCAAGAACAGGUAUCACUAAUAGUUUGUUACUUGUAAUUUUGAAAUAAAAGAGCCAUUCAUUGGUUACUCUGAAAUUUUGAAACCUGAUAGACAACAUUAUGAAGAUCUUGUUCUGAAAACUCUUAAAGACAUUGGACUGGACUUGGAUCUGUGGAGAGGUCAAACCUAUGAUAAGGCAGCCACAAUGAGUGGCCGUCUUUCUCUUAGACAUAAAUCCAAAGGCAACAUUUCUAAACUGUGAUAAUCACUAUCUGAACCUGGCUGCUCUUCAUUCUGCUGAGAUAGAUCCAGCAGUUGUCACCUUUUUUAGGAACUGUACAUGAAUAGUUAAACUUUUUUUUCCAUUCAUCCCAUGCAGAGAUGGGCCAAACUAAAAGAAGCUGGAGCCUGGAGUUUAAAAAAGGAGAGUAAUACAAGGUGGUCUGCAAGAGAAAAAGCUAUGUCAGCAGUUUCCUUGCAUCUGUCAUCAAGCUGUUGGAGAAACUUUCUGAAUCAACAACUGAAAGAAUGGACACAGAAUGCACAGAAUCUUCUUCAUGCAGUGGAAAAUUAUGAAAAGCAAUUGCUCCCCCCCCCCUCAAAUGUGUGUGUGUGUAGGCCUAUAUAUAUAAUUAAUCUUUAUUACACUGUGACCCUUAUUCAUUCCUGUGGACAUUUUUUCUACCCUAGAAAAGGUUCUUUGAGGUAGUGGAAAGACAGUAGACACCCCACCCUUGCCAGCUAGGGGGUCUGUGAGCUUUCCCAGCAAAGUCUGGACUCCAGUCAUUAUUUCUGGUAUUUAAAAAAAAAUGCAUAUUCUGAGGUAUCUACAAUGCAUUAUCCUGGUAUUAAAAAUUGUAGUUCAAAACAAAAUCUGCUAUUCACUGCACUUUAUUAAAGCUAGGAGCCAAGCAUCUGGUAGAAAUUGUGUAGAAGGAAAAUGAGUUCAACAGAAGAAUUAUUGAAACAUGAGUUAGAACUUCACUGGAUAAAAGGUACUGGCAAAAGUGGAGGAGGCUGCAUCAAUGAGGGAACAGCCUAUGACACAGACAAAGGAUUAAUAUUUGUCAAGUAUAAUUCUAAGCCAGAGGCUUUUCAGAUGUUUGAAGGUGAAUAUGAAAGUCUAGCAGCACUUAAAACAGCUGAUCAGGUCAAGGUGCCUAGUCCAAUAAAGGUUUUAAGAAACCCUAAAGGUGGAGCUAUGUUGGUCAUGGACUAUAUUGACAUGCAAGGAUUGUCUCUUCAUGCUGCUAAACUUGGAGAACAAAUGGCAAGGCUGCAUUUAUUCAAUAAGGGACUAAAGGAAAAGGCAGUAUCUAAACAACAGUCACUUCAUUAUAAAGUAGACUACUCCUGCUAUGUUACACACUUUGGAUUCCCUGUGACUACUUGUUGUGGUUACCUCCCUCAAGACAAUAACUGGAUGGAUAAUUGGCUAGAUUUCUUCGCCAGAAAAAUAGACCAGCACGUCAGGUGGGCUGAAGAAAAGUAUAAUGAUCGUGAUGUUGGUCAAGAAUGGUCUUCUUUACUACCUAAACUUCCAAAACUAUUUCUUGACCUUGACAUUGUCCCUGCACUUCUGCAUGGUGACCUAUGGGGAGGUAAUGCCGCAGAAACUGAUGAAGACCCAGUUAUUUUUGAUCCAGCUUCCUUCUAUGGUCACUCUGAAUAUGACUUGGCAAUCUCCAAAAUGUUUGGUGGCUUUGGGCAGACAUAUUUCAACAGCUACCAUAAUUUAAUCCCUAAACAACAAGGAUUUAAUGACAGACAGGAUUUGUACAUGAUGUUUCAUUACUUCAACCAUUGGAAUCAUUUUGAUGGUGGCUAUAAAAUCUCUACAAUCAGACUCAUGCAUGAUUUAAAUAGAAAACUAUCUUCUUAAGCAGGAAGAUUCAACGGUUGGCGAUGACUUAAAGCAGGCUAAAAAAAUUGUUUUACAUGGUAGGCAUCUAAGUUCUAACAUAAACGAAUGAAAC